AUGUGUGCCUUGCUCGGAGGCUCCGGCGGGCAGCGGCGGCUCUGCUGCGGCUGGGUCCUGGAUUCCGGAGCCCUGAUUGGCCAGCGCGAGUCACGUUGUCCGCGGAGCUGUCAGUCUGAUGCUGCACCAUUGUUCCUUCGGCAGCCGGAAGAAGCGCUCCUUCCAUCUCUGCUGCAUGUGCAGGCUGUGCCGGUCAGCGCGGCUCCGUGGGCUGUGGAUCUGCCCCCGGUUCGGUGGCCAGGCGCACGCGGGGGCUUCCGCCGUGCCAUCCUCUGGAGGAAAUUCUGGGAAAGUCCAUUGAGAGCAGCGUGGCGUGUUUAUGAGCGGCUGGAUACAGAUGACAGCAACAAAAUGAAUGGUGAGUGUGACCAAUUACAGGUGCAGAUGCGGCAGGCCAUGAGCGGAAUACUGAAGAGGAAAUUUGAGGAGGUGGAGGCCUCCUCCUCCCCGUGCUCUUCUGUGCAGGAGUCUGAUGAUGAGGUCUCCUGCAGUGAGAGUGGGGAUAGCAGUGACAGUGUCAACCCCUCUGCCUCAGGUCCUUUCACCCCUGACUCUAUACUGAAGCGGGAGAAGCGGUUGCGGACGAGGAGGGUGCAUUUCGAGAAUGUGACGGUGUACUACUUUGGCCGGCGGCAGGGCUUCACCAGCGUGCCCAGCCAGGGGGGCAGCACGCUGGGCAUGUCCAACAGGCACAGCUGGGUCAGGCAGUACUCUCUGGGAGAAUUUGCCCUGGAGCAGGAAAGGGUCCAUAAAGAUAUGCUCAGAGACCACUUGAAGGAGGAGAAGCUCAACACAAUCAAACUGAAGCUUACAAAGAACGGCACGGUGGAGUCUGAGGAGGCCAACACGCUAACAGCCGAGGACAUCUCGGAUGACGACAUCGACCUCGACAACACAGAGGUAGACGAGUACUUCUUUCUGCAGCCUCUCACCACCAAAAAGCGCCGGGCCCUGCUCCGCUCCUCUGGGGUAAAGAAAAUUGACGUGGAGGAGAAACACGAACUUCGGGCCAUUCGCAUAUCCAGGGAGGACUGUGGCUGCGACUGCAGAGUCUUCUGUGACCCAGAGACCUGUGCCUGCAGCAUAGCAGGGAUCAAGUGUCAGGUGGAUCGUAUGUCGUUUCCAUGCGGCUGCACAAAAGAGGGUUGCAGCAAUUCAGCCGGAAGAGUAGAGUUUAAUCCCAUCCGUGUUCGGACCCAUUUCCUUCACACCAUCAUGAAGCUGGAGCUGGAGAAAAGCCGCGAGCAGCAGCAGACGUCCCCGGCUAACGGCUACCGCUGCGUGGCCAGCGACCUGGGGGGUGGGAACCCCUACGUCCAGCCACAGGACCGGCUGGAGUACGCCCUGUCCGACGCCGUCCCGCAGACCGCCAGCAUGCACCUGCAGGCCGAAGAGGAGCUGGACGAGCCAUUGGAUGACGAAGACGAGGAGGAAGAUGACGAGGACGAGGGAGAGGAGAAUGAAGAAGAUGAGGAGGAGGAGGAAGAGGAAGAUAGCAGCAGUGUUUGCAGCGGGCUCUCUGACUCCAGCACCCAGAGCUUGGCUAACAGUGACUCCGAGGAUGACGAGGGCGACGAUGAGGAUGCGGAGAAGACUGAGAACUUUGAGGGCGACAUGGCGAGCCCCGCCAUUUCUCAUACUGAAGUGGUGCCCUUGUCCUCUGUGCUGUGUUACAACGAUGGCUCUGUGACACAUGAUGACCACAUAAAUGGAAACACUUAUUUAAUGAACUCCUCCUCGGCUGAGUACUAUCAGCUGGAGAGCUCCAGUGCCAGCUCUAACGGCCAAACCAACCAACCCAGCCAGCCCUACGGGGAAGCGCUAGCAUUCCAGGAUCCAAUCAGCACAACCAACGGCGGCAUGGUCCAGGGACCGUUCAGCGUGGCGGCGGAGCAAUACACGGAAUUUUCUAGUCAGGCCGAGGACCAGUACACAGCCAAUCACCAUUUUCCUCUGACUGGUGGUGCUCCCGCUGCCUCGUUGGCCCGCUACACGUCUGACCAGAAGGGUUCGUCUAAAGCGGCGUUAGUGGAACAGCCCGAGAACCAAAACCAGACACAGUUUCAGAACUACCUGAACAAUAGCAGUCAGGGUUCCUACAGCGGUCACGGCUCAUGCAUGACGACAUUACAGCCUCCACAGGAGUCAGGUGUUAAUGGACAUUCUGAUCUUAGCUUACUAGCAAAUAAUACAAAGAACCUUCCUUUACCGGAUCAUUGCCCCGAGGUCACAGCCAUUUGAAAGGCCUCGCCUUUAAAGUGUUCUUUCAUCAUAACACCUUCACUUGAUUCUGAUUAAGCGAUAUUGCAAGGUGAUCAUUGCCUUUUCCAUUAUCUGACCUUAAAUUUAGGACCAUGUGAUUUUCAUCUGUAACUAUAAAGCCAUAGAUUUGUGUUGGAAAGAUUUUGAAGGAACUUUUCAUACUUGCAGGUUUCUCCAUAACAGCAUUUGUGCUUCAAUGCAAAAUUGAACAAAACAAAAAAAGAACAUGCAAAACAUCGAAACACACUAUAUAUCAUCAUGGCGUGCAAUGUUUCCUGUAAUUUCAGAUGUAAACUAGUUUCAGGCAGAUAAUAUACUGCAUAUGGAAUUUUUCUAUGUCUGCUUUAUGUGUCAAAUGUUUAAGAAGGUUUACUGUCAGUUAAUUUAUUGUUGCCCAACUGUAUGUGUAAACUUAUAUAUUGUACAUGUUUUGAUAAAAAAAAAAUUGCAUGCAUUUUUGGCUUCUCAGAGAUAUUUGGGGAAAAUGCCAUUGUUUUUAUUUGUUUUAUUUGAAUUAGUGUUGAUUUUACAAUGUACAUUUCUCUUUUCUUUUGUCCCAUAUUCCGAUGCUUUUCUAUAGUUCUGAAAAGCAUGAAAAACCCUGAGAGACUUUGGAAUACAAUAUAAACAUACACUGAAAUCAGUUCAAAGCCUUUUGCACUUAUACUGUGAAUGGAGGUCCAGUGGCAUGCAGAAGUUUCCUUUGUGGCCCCUCCGUUGAGUUUUGGAAUCAUAUACUUAGCAUGUGUCACUGCAAAUAAAGACUUGUUUUUCCAGGCAAUGCCUGGAAUUAAAACAUUAAAAAUGGCAAUAGAAGAAGCUAUAUGAUUCACUGCAAACACCAAAACUCUGUUUAUCGGCAAAUUACCGUAAAUAGCUUGAUUCAGUCAGAAAUUAUUGAAGCUAAACUUUACAGCCUAUCAACUAAGUAGUUAAUUUACUUGAAACUAAUCAGCAAAUGAUUUGUUCUAAUCAAGUGCAAUAAAUGUCAACAACUCAUUCUCUGAUGAAAAUCUUCAAUAAAGGGAACUUUGACUGUUUAUGUACUUAUUUCUACCUAAAGUCUUACUUUAGAUAUAGUAUAAAACAUUUUAAAUAAACACUUACAGUAUGGCUAAAACAAAUGUUUAAACUUGACAAUCAAAGCUUAGUUUCUAAACAUGAGCCUACUGAUUGGGGGGAAAAAAGUUCUGAAAAAAGUUCUGUAAGACAUUGAAAAAAUGUCUGAAAAGCCAGACAGGAAAACUAACACCGCCAACCAAAAAAAAGUGUAAAUAGUCCUUUAAACAUUUAUACAUACAUUCACUGUCAAAAAGGAAACGACUGAUCAACAUCGGCAAAUCAUUUUUGUGAGUGGGCCUGUAAUUCUCCAGUCUCUGCUCCUGCAUGGAAACAGGCACUUGCCUCUCUGUCAAGCUUGCAAAUACCUGUGACUUUGAGUUCAACACUACAGCUUUGAUGGUUUUGUGCCUCUGCCGAGCAUCUCGGACCUUCAGAGCCACUCUUCAUGGUACAGAGUAAGUGUUCAAAUCCUUUUCAGGCAAUCAGCUACAUCAACAUAACGGUAGUGCUUCUUAAUUGUGCCAAAGCAGAUGAUGUGUGAAGGCUUCAUACAAACACAGUGCAUCCUGUUAGAAGUUCUGUGUUUGGGUUUACUUUCCAGUAUUUAUUAUGAAUGAUAUAUUGAAAUGUGUAUUUAUUGUGGUUCACUAAAAAGUCUGUAUUGAGUAAAUUGCUUCGCUAUCUAAAAAUUGAAUUUGUUACAUGCGCGUUGUGAGUCGUAAAGCUUCAUGUGCUUGAUUUAUUUAAUUCUAUUAUGUUUAGUGAAAUGCAAAAGUUUUGCACAAACUGUUUUUUUCCAAUGUGUUUGGUUUCUGACUGUAAAUAAAGCCUCGAUAGUUUGUUGUUUCGUUUAAACAUGAUUUUCCAAUAAACAAUUAAAAAUGAUCGGGUGAUGUUUGUCAGACAUUAAGUAACUCACUGUAUGCA